AUGGCACCCAUCCGCAUCGCCCUGGUCGGUCUCUCGUCCAGCGCCAAGACGGGCUGGGCGGCGGGCGCGCACCUGCCCUACCUCCUCUCGGAGCGCGGCCGGGCCCGGUACGAGAUCGUGGCGCUGCUCAACUCGAGCGAGGACGCCGCGCGCGCCGCCGUCGCCGCCUACGACCUCCCCGCGUCGACGACGCGCGCCUACGGCUCGGCGGCCGCGCUGGCCGCCGACGCCGCCGUCGACCUCGUCGUCGUCUGCACGCGCGUCGACAACCACCACGCCGGCGCCCUCGCCAGCCUCCGCGCCGGCAAGGACGUCUACAUCGAGUGGCCCGUGAGCCAGGACGUCGCGCGCUCGCGCGAGCUGCUGGCGGCGGCGGCGGAGGGCGGCGGGCGCACCAUGGUCGGGGUGCAGGGCCGCGUGGCGCCGCCCGUGCUCAAGGUGCGGGAGCUCCUGCGCCAGGGCCGCAUCGGAAAGGUCCUGAGCUCCGAGGUGCUGGCCAACGGCGGGCUCAACAGCCGCGACUCCAUCCCCGCGAGUCUGGAGUACUUUACAGACAAGGCCAUCGGGGGCAACAUCUACACCAUUGGGUUUGGCCACUUGUUCGACCAAGUCAACUCCGUCCUCGGCCACAUCCAGAACCCACAAGGCAACCUGCAUCUCCAACGGCCCGAGGUCAAACUCAUCGACGCGUCCGGCCAGGCCGCAGGCACCGUAACCACCAACGUCCCGGACCUGAUCGUCGUCACGGGCCAGGUGGCCCCGGGCCCCGACUCGGGCUCCUCCUCCGGCGUCGACGCCGCCGGCGCGGCCGUGCUCCACCGCUUCCGCCUGGGCGCCCCUUUCCCGGGCGAGGCGCCGCUGCGCUGGACCGUCGCCGGCGAGCGGGGCGAGAUCCGGCUGACGGCCAAGGCGGGCACGACGCUGCACGCCUUCUCGUACGACCUGACGGACCCGGUCGGCCCGCAAGGCGUCUCGAUCGAGGUGCACGACUUCGAGACGGACUCGGUCGAGCGCGCCAACUGGGCCUGGGCCGCCUGGCAGGAGGAGUUGCCGCUGCGGGCGAGGAGCGUGGCCGAGCUCUACGAGCGCUUCGCCGACGGCCGCGACGUCCCGACGCUCGCCGACGCCGUGCGCAGCCAGGAGCAGCUCGAGGGGCUGUUGGCUCGGGGGCCUUGA